AAUCCCAUCAGAAGUAAGAACACCAUAAAUAUCCUCUUCAAAAGAUUAAUUUAAAUUCCUAAAUCAUGUCAAACUAGUUUUCUGAUAUGAUGCAUGGUUAAACUCAAACAUCAAGACAGUCCUGAUCAUCUAGAGAUCAUUUCUUUCAGAAAGAAAACAUGCUGAUGUGUUUCUGUCUCCAUCUUCAGCAAAACUGCCAUGGACCUCAACUGCAGAAACCUUCCUGAUCUUAGAGGUUCUUGAACAUCUGAGAGACCUUAGCUAGUUCCCACUGCAGACUGCACAAUGGACAGAACGGCACCAAACUGCUCAGGAUGUCCUGCCAUCUACCAAAAGGAAACCACAAAAACUAACUUUGGGACAGUGACCAGAGUCACCGUUGGUAGAAAACAACUGAACAAACCAAAUAAAAUCAUUUUACUUGUUGGUGCAAAAGGAGCAGGAAAGUCUGCUCUGAUCAACGCUCUGAUCAACUACACCAUGGGAGUGAGGUGGCAGGAUGAGGUCUGGUAUCGGAUCGCAGAAGAUGGAGGUCAAAGUCCAACAUCAGAUGUGAUCAUGUAUGAGAUAUUUGAUUCUGAGAAUAAAACUUGGCCCUACUCUCUCACCAUCGUCGACACGCCUGGUUAUAGAGACACAGAUGGACUUCAGCAUGAUGUCAUCAUCAAUCAGAGAUUGUUUGACUUGUUUCGGUUAGAAGACGGGAUCCACGAGGUUCAUGCGGUUGGCGUAGUGAUGAAAGCAACAGAAACAAAAAUGAGUGACCAACUGUCAUACGUCUCUGAUUCAGUGAUGUCUCUGUUUGGAAAACGCUUGGAGAAAAACACAGUGGCACUCAUUACUCACUCAGGUACAACACCACCUAGCAUUUCUCUCAAGGGUCUUCAGGCUGGAGGAAGUCAAUGUCCUUACUUCAUAUUCAAUAAUCGUCAGUAUGAGGCCCGAACAGAGAAAACGAGCACAGAUCUGGAAGAGGCAUGGAGACUGACAGAGACGGGAAUGAGGCAGUUCACAGCUUUUCUUCAAAAGGUCUCAGCUCAGCAGCAGGUAUCAGUCAGCUUCAACUCAUUCAUCAGACUGACAGCCUCCAUCCAAAACCUGCAAGAGAAAAUCAAACUAACUGAACUGGAACAGAGAGAAAUCAAACAGAUUCAAGAAGCUAUGAAGAAACACAAAGCAGAGAUGAGGUUAAGCAAGAAAUUAAUUGUGGAGGUAGAUGAAACCUACAGAGAUAAGGAACUCAUUGAAGGUGAGACGUCAUUCUUUAAAGCCGCUGUUUGCUGCAGCGUCUGUGAGGAGAACUGUCACUAUCCUGGAUGUACGAUGGCCCUGAGCCCUGAAGACUGCGAGGUCAUGAAUUUAGCAUCCUGCACUGUUUGCUCUGGGAGAUGUUCUGCAUCAAAACAUGUUAAAGGCAACUGGAGGUAUGUGACCAAGACGAGAAAAGUUCAGAGAACCAAGGAGGAAUUAAAACAAAGACAUUUCAAGAGCAAUUCAGACACAAAGGAGACAAAACUUACAGAAACUCUAGUACAGGAAAUGGAAAACCUGAACAGAAAGAAGAAAACUUUGAUAGAAAAGUCUUAUCAAUGUGCCAUCAGAUUGGAUCCAACUCUCCUCAAAGUGAAUUCAGUUUCCACAUAUAUCAAUUUGGACUUCCUGAUCAAGAAGCUAAAGGAUGAUGGAGAAACAGAGAAGGUCCAUAAAUUAGAAAUGAUCGACAGCCAAAUGGAUGGAGGAGCCAAAUCAGUCAUUGGAUGCAGGUAGGUCCAGCCAACAUUCAUUAGAUUUUAUUUAAGAACAUGUUAACAGAGCAGCUUUAUCCUUCACAAGAUCCUCACUGUCUGUUCAUAGAAAAUGGCAUGGUUAAGAUUAGUGAUCACAGUUUAGAUUUUAAUGUGUAAACAUCUUUUAUUGUCUGAAAUGCAUGUUUAAUUGUAGGUUAAAGGUUAUUGUUAAACAUUUCCAAUCAAUCCCAUUAGUAAAAACACACUUGAGUCUGUGUUUGCUUUCUAAUCCGAUCCCUUAAGUAGAUUACAGGCACAUCUGGAGGACAUUAAAACCUGAAUGACUCUAAACUUUAUUCUUUUGAAUUUGGACAAGACAAAAGUUGUUUUUGGAUGAGAGCUUUGGGAGAAUAAGUUGCAUAGUCAAUCACUUGAUCUAGAUGGCAAUAAAUUGGCCUCCAAUAAUAAGCGUCAGUAAACAUGCAGCCUGAGAGUGAAGUGCUCUGUUGGGAACAUCUAGACCAGGGGUGUCAACAUCCAGUCCUCGAGGGCCGGUGUCCUCCAACUUUUAGAUGUGCCUCUGCUGCACCACCUGAAUAGAAUAAUAGAUCUUUAGCAAGACUCUGGAGAACAAGGAGGAGGUAAUUAAGCCAUUUCAUUCUUGUGUUUUGUACAUGUGGCACAUCGAAAAACUGCAGGACACCUUGAGGACUGGAGUUAGACAGCCCUGAUCUAGACCAAUCAGAUCUCUGAUUGAAGUAAUUAUCAAAGGCUCCAUAUGUGAAAAGGAGAAUCUGAGUUUAUAAUCUAGAUUUAACAGGGAGCCAAUGAAGGAAACUAAAAUACAAAAAAUAUGAAGUCUGUUUUUAAUUUUUAUCAGAGCUCUUGCUGCAGCAUUUUGGAUCAGCUGAUGGUUUUUAACCGUAUUUGGUGGAUUUCUGAGUAUAAAGACUUGCAGUAAUCCAGCUUUGAAGUAAGAAGUGGAGGGACUACCUUUUCAGCAUCACUCCUGGACAAGAUGUUUCUAAUUUUAGCAAUAUUCCAGAGAUGAAAAAGGAAAUUUUGAAACAUGUCCAAAACAGACUUUAAAUGACAUAUUCUGGUCAAAAAUACCAAAACCUUAAAGGAAAAAAUCCAAAGUUCAUCAACAUAUUUCAACACUUCACACAUAUCACCUUGGAAAUAGAGCACGACUUUAUCUUACAUGCAUCUUGGUUUAUUUUCUGUUUCUGGUUGAUGUUUUAGAGAAAUUUGGGUUGUAACUGACUCUAGGAUUUGUUAAAACCAGAGGAAUAACUUCACUUUGCUCAUUAAUUUUUCUCUAGUUUCCCAGAUUCAGGACUGCAUGUGCAGGGGAAAUAAAGAAACAAUAAUUCGACAUCAGACUUUAUAUAUAUCUAGAGCUUUAUCCAGAGAAUUCAAUGCAUACAGAAUGUUAGAUCUCACACCCAGAUCAUCAACAAGUCUGACACAUGACAAACAGAAUUACCUGCAAGUUGAAAAGGAAAGACAAAAAUGCAUUUUUAGGAAUUGCUCACUCAGGCGCAAAGCAAUUCUGUAAAACAGACCAUUUUAUAAGAAUGUGUAUUCCCUUCAUUUAAAUAUAUGCAUUAGAAGGUGUGUCUUCCCCUUGGAGGGCUGCUCCGAUGUUAAUUUUAUUGCCCUGCUUGAGACCUGCUAAAAUCCAAAGGCAAAUAUACGGAGAGAACGAAGGUCAUCCUCAACUGGGUCUUCCCGUACCAAUCUCCUCCCAUCCCAGACCAGAAUUGAUGACCUGCCACUAGGCCUGUUAUUUCUGCCUCAUUGAUUCAACAAGAAACUGAUUUCAAUUUUAAACAAACUGGCACAAAAAUCUAUUGCCAAAUAAUAACUGAGUUUGGAUCUAAAAACUGCAAGGUUGUCUACUUUUAGAAAAGCUCUUUCAGAAUACCUGAAAUAUUUGGAAGUAAAAUAGUUUCCUAAUCCUACUGUAUUUCAGUAAUAUUAAUGCAUGCAAAUAGUUUGGUUAGAGACUAACUAAUUCAGAACAUGCUGUUUAUGCUUAAAGGAAAUCUCUUAAUACAUUUGAUUAUACUUCUAGCAGAAUUGUUUUUUAAAGGUUUUACUGUUUUACUGAACACUUGAACAAACACCAAAACAUUUAUUGAU